AUGGACUCAUCGGAUGGCACGAGAUGCAGUGUCGACCAAGAACCCCGUGCAGGCCAGAGCGAAGAGGGCAGCAGGAAGAAGCGUUACGUGCCAUCUGAGGGACACCUUGUCGGGCCGAGGUAUCAGCAAAUUUCUCUUCCACCUGCCCUCCUCACGUGGAGACUUUCCACAUACUGCAGGACCGGACACACGAUAGCCGGCAUGCUUGUACCUGCAUUGUUGCCUGGUACAUGCGGACAAAUCAACUUACAAGCGAACGGUAUGGAUGCACUCAAUGAUAGUGAUAAUGCAGAUGUUACGCAGGAUCGUCGUGUUUAUGGUAAUAACAAAAAAAUGGAUGGAUACUGCUGGCGGAGGUAG